AAGCUCUUUCAGUUGCCUGCUGAGCUGCUGGAUAGAAUCCUAGAUUUUCUUGAAGACGACAAAAAAACUCUGGCUUCUCUCGCGCUCGUUAGCAGCAUCUGUUUAUAUCUCGCUCGUGCGUGCCAGUUCAAGGAGAUUCAUUUCGACUACAGCCCUCAGUCACACGAGCUGCUCCUGCAUAUGGCAACUGAAUCUUUGGAUGACGACAACGAGACAAAUUUGUUACCUAUCGGCGUUUUCGUGCGCAAAUUUACCUUUGCACCUCUGGAGGAUUUCCUUUCUACUAUUCACCCAAAGCUGUCCAACGCCAUGUAUAUCGAUAGAUUUAAUGACUCCCUCCCUUUUACUCAACUACGGGAGACGAUUGUCGAGAACUUAAGCGCAGCUCAGGAACACUACGUCAAUCAACGGAAGCGCAUCUUCACAGUGAUUGCCUCCAAAAUGCCUAACCUUGUUGGGCUCGUUUGGAAGGACAAGGUUCAAUUGGACAGCGACUUUCUUGAAGCCAUCUCUCGUUGUUCUGCCGAGCAUGUUAAGCUCGAAAAGAUACGGCCUAGCAAGCAUUGGCCCAUGACACCGCCUCUGGUCCCUGUCCAAUGGAAGCUUUUCCCGGGUUACCCACCAACGAUGGCGAUGCAUCACCCCACCUCUGUUUUCCUCAAUACGCUCUUCCAAAGCUGCUCCUCUACGCUUGAGUCUCUGACUUGGUGGCAUACGGCAAGCCUAGAAGAUCAACUUGCGGUCACUUUAGACCAUUCAAAGCUCACGUUCCCUAGACUACAGCGUCUUAGUCUGGAGCGUUUAUAUUUCAAACCAGAGUCAUUCUCCUCAUUUAUGGGUCCUUCGUUGAGGCAUCUUCGGCUACCGAGACGGUAUAUCUCUCUUAUCCUCGAGAGUCUCGAGACUUGUAAGCCCUUGGCAUAUUUGCAGACCUUGGAAGUCCCUGAUCUGCCCCUUACACGCGAGGGGUGCAUGCCCAUUGCCAAGUUUAUCAAGCGGCAUAAUCAUGUGCAGAAACUUCAUCUGAGCGAGGAACACGAGAUAAUUGUCAAAGGUGAUCAAAUAAGCAGCCUUUGUAUCCCUAUUCUAGCAACUGGCAGGUUUAAUGACCUUCGCUGUCUCUCGUUAUCAUGGAGCGGCAAGAGGCUGCCUUAUUAUCCGGAGGAAUACCCUUAUCUGAGGGAAUACAAGGAUGAAUUUCCUGAACCAUCACUGGUGGCUCUUGGCACAAUUGGUUCACUCGAGCAACUCAGCCUACGUUUUGGCUUUAGAUCUAAUUGGCUACUUGAUCAUGGCAAGCUACGACGACAUUUGAAAGGCUUGAGUCGUCUCAAGACGCUGGCCUUGCUUCACGACACAUAUUACCGUCUUGAACUGAAGCAUUUAUCUCCAACAAAAUAUUACGAUGAGAUAUUUGUUAUAGAUUCGGAUUACAUGGAUGCAGAUGCACGGCCACGUCAUGAUGCUGGCGAAGACUAUGGACUCGAUCUUGACAAGACAGUGGAAUAUGACGAUGUUGACUAUGGACGUCCAGGCGCCACUGAUCAGUGCACCUGGGAAAGAGCCCAUAGAAAUCGCAUGCUCGUGCAGGCCGAGGCAUACGCCAAAGUUCUUCCACAGUUGGAAUGGAUGUACUGCGGGCAGCGGCCGAUGGGGCUUCGUGCUUACCGUGGUGAAGACGGUGUUGUUUGUAAAGAGGCAAUUCCCCUCAGCAGGCGGAGGGUUACGUGUCGGGCUUUUCUGAAUAAGACUUUUGGA